GGCCGACUAUGGACAUGCCUUGUUACUGGACGACAACCUGUCGUCGGCAACAAUAGUAUUAAAAGCCAACUUAACAGGUUGUAGCCAACUACUAGAGAUUGCAUAGCUCAUUUCGCUGUUAGCUCGACGAUAACAUCUCUUAUAGUGCUAUUUCCGGAGAAAAUUGGCAGGGAGAUCAUGUGGGUACAUUCUUUUGGAGUAUAAGCUUUCAUCGUUGCUUGCUUGACCGAAUGAUCACGAAGCCGAACGUAAAUAAAGCGCUGCGUGUCAACAUAUCGAAAAUUGAAAAAUUUACAUGAGGACACUUGGCUAUUAUGAGACAUCCAUGUGGACUAUUAAGCGUGAGACUGGUUUUACGAAGGAAUUUUAUACUUGCUCUUUUCCUAUUGAAUGUGCCGGUGUUAUGUUACGUGUAUUAUAAACUGAACUUACUGAACUACGCAUGGUAUAAUCGCGUUCAUAGGUCUGUUCUUCACUGCCAUACAGUACCAGAAGACAUGGAAGCUUUGAUUACUUUAUCUAAAGACAUUCAUAAUACUUUAACGAGUUUAAACGUCACCCAUUGGCUAGCGUAUGGAAGGUAGGGAAUUUCUUAAUAAUUGCUACACCAAGGUACAUCUAAAUAUAAGACGCUAUCACAAUACAGGAAUAUAUUGUCCCUUUUCAAAGCUAACAUCAAUAUAGCUUGGAUAUUUAAAAAUGCAAAGCAUUAAAGCAGGUGUGAAAAAUUGAUAAUUGCUCAGUUGCUACGUGGAUCGAUGCAAUUAUCAAAGAUCUUGUGGUGUUGAGAACCGGCAUUUCUCGUGUCUUUUGGCUGAGUAUCAAAACAACCCUUGAUUAGACACGAGUUUAUGAUAUAGGUCUACACUGCCGUACGCUUUGAUAAACUAUACUUUUUCUUCGAUAUUGUACAUCCCAUAACGUGGAAUACUAAAAUUUAAUAGCAUAUUACUCAUAUUAACAGCAUUAAAAGUUAAGAAAACAUAUUUAGAUUCAGAAAUAUAUUUAAAUAUUCAAACAGUCGAACUUUCUUUAUGUGUUAGUAAUGUCACAAAAAGCCAACUAGUGACAGUAGUGUUUUUAGUUCGCUUUAUAAAUUUACGAUGUAUAAAUGAAAAAUAUAAAAGACCUUCGAAGAUAGUACAAAAAGUACAUUUUCUGGGCAGCAUAUACCGAUAGGUAUGUAUAAACAUGUAAUGUAUAAAUAUAAACUUGUGUUACAGAAAUAAGUAGACCGUGUUAUGUAACGCCAAACAUGUCAAAGAUGGUAUGGAGAUUAUGUUUGAAAUGCAAACGUUGAUUGUCACAACAUAUAUUGUUGUGUGAAUACACCCAAACUAUUAUAUACGUGUCAUAUCGGUUCAUCUAAAUUACUAAAUAGGCUCAUCGGAGUCGGUGAAGGUGUGCUAAAAUUGUUUUGAACGGGUAGUCAUUAAUUAAAGUGCACAUGACAUGAAAUGACACGAAACUGUUUGUUGUCUGAAACGAAAAUGCUUAUUAGUCUUAUUAAAACUUGUAGAGUAAUUUCCUUUCUACAUUUUUAUCUCCAAGUUUUGUUGUUGAGAUAAUUCAUUUUCGCAAAACGUCAUACAUGAAUAAUGAGCUGAUUGCUGCAUUUCUUUGCUUGUACUUGAAGCCUGGUUUCCAUAUCAUAUCACAUAUGCCAUAAAGAUUGAGUCACGAUCUUAAUUUUAAUUUUGCCCAAAAUAUAACAUUUAACAACAUAAUUAUUUACAAAUUUUUAGGGCUAGGCCUGCUCUAGGAACCUACUAGAAACCAAAAGGCUUUUAUUCAAAUUAAAUAACUAUAACAUAUAUAAGGUGCCAGUUCGAGUCACGAUUUUUCUCAACGCGAACGGCCAUAUGAUAGUUUUUACCUGUAAACCACAUAUAAAUCAUAAGUAUUCUCUAUUUCUAAUCACUCUGCCUAUUAACAGUGUUAAACUGUUGUAUUUCGGCUGUCGAGAAAGAUCAGGACUCAAUUUUUACGACCGUUAAGACAAUAUGGAACCAGCCUUAACGCAUAUCACUUGAAACAAGCAGCGUCUACUGUCUCAUCAUAUAUGUAAAUCGCGUCAAUAAGGCAAUUCAGAGUUCCCCAGCGAGUGAUUCAGCUGUUCACUCAUUAUUUUUGUUUCGCUUACAGCUACAACAGAACUGGUCAUUAAUUAAAUAAUUUUUGUAUUGGUAUAUUUUGCCUUUUGUGUGAAGCAAAAUAAAAUACACUUAAGGGAUUAUGUUUUCUAAUUUAAAGCGUAUUAGUCAUGCAAUCGUGCGGAAACUAGUUGUUCAUUGAGCGACUUUUACAUUGAUAGUUGAAUCAGCUUUGAUAUUCAUAUUCUAAUUAUUGCAGUCUCAGCUUGUAAAAGGAUUCUAAUUAUUGCAGUCUCAGCUUGUCAUUUGAGUGCGCAGUAAUAUAGCGGAGCGUAAUUUUUCUCUGUCUUGUGAUUUCUCGGGUGGAAUAAGACAAAGAAAAAUUCCGCUCCGCCCGCAAAAUUCCGGCUAAAGGUCAUAUUUCAUUGGCCGAUUUCCAUUGCAGUCGCUUUGCGCGGGCGGAGCGAACAUUACUCAACUUUCUCUCUAGUUGUCUAACCUGUGCAUUUUUUGUCCGCCUGAACUACAUUCAACUUUUUUGGCGUGCCCGCGCGACUGAUUUUUCACGCGAUUAAAAUUGCUCGCUUCACCCGCGCUGGCAAACCGACUGCAAUGGAAAAUGGCCUUUAAUCACGUGAAAAACCAGUCGCGCGGGCACGCCAAGAAAGUUGAAUGUAGUUCAACUUUCAUGGCGUGUCCACGAGCCAGUUAGACAACUAGACAGUUGAGUAAUGUUCGCUCCGCCCGCGCAAAGCGACUGCAAUGGAAAUCGGCCUUUUCCACUAGGCGGAAUUUUCCGCGCGUGGUGUGCACUAGCCUGCAAAGCGGGCGUUUGAUCAACCUCGCAAGCCAGGGUCUUUACUUCCGCACAGCGCUACAUAAAGACCGUGGCGUCAAUCUCGUUCCCCGAGCUUGCGAUCCUCGGGAAGGAACGUGAGGCUCUGGGAUAAUCCGUCUCAGGUUUGGCCGUUGAAAUGGAAUGAGUAGAUAGAUAGAUAGAUAGAUCAACUUUAUUUAAACACAUUGGCCUUUUCAGCAAAAGCUGAUUUCCAAAAGGGAUGUGUACUUACAAAUUAUUAUUUAUAUACUAGCUCUAAUAUUACAUACAUAACAAAUACAAUUAUAUACCUAUUUAGACAAAAAAAUUAACUACUACUUUAAGUCGAGAUUAAGGUCGAGGAAGAUAGCUUUUUACAGAACGAAUUAUACGAUACCGAAUUGCGUAUCUCUUCAGGUAUCUGAUUCCAUAGUUUAGCCCCACUAUAUUGGAAGCUUUUUUUUAAGGAUUCCGUUUUUGGUCUUGGAAUAUAAAACCUUGUUGAAGAACCUCUCAGAUUAUGGUCAUGAAUGGUAUUCAGAUUUUGGAAAGCUUCGCAUAGUCGUUGGGGGGCUAAACCAUUAACUGUCUUGUACAUGAGCCUGGCUUUCAUUUGUGCCCUACGCUCUUCAAGUGUUACCCAGCCUAGAGAUUUUCGUGCCAAAAUAGACUGACCAUGUUCAUUUUUUAAGUUCAUGAUCAACCUAGCCGCUCUGUUUUGGAAUUUCUGUAGACGUUCGCUUAGGCCUUUAUUAAGUGUAUCCCAUACUUCACAGCAAUAAUCAAAAUAAGGUUGGAUUAAGGCAUUAUAAACUUUUAUCAAAAUGUCUUGUUCGACAUACUCCCUCAUUUUUCUAAUAGCCCCAAUUCCUGAUGAUAUUUUACUGCUAAUAUGGUUAAUGUGUUUUUCCCAACUCAAGUUUUCGUCUAAUUCAACUCCAAGAGCUUUGGUAUUUUUAACUUUUUUAAUCAAUUGAUUAUUUAUUUUAACUCCUUGAUGGGUAUCAAUAUUACUUAUUUUAUGUCGUGUUCCAAUUAAAACAUACUCGGUUUUCGCUAUAUUUAGACUUAGUUUAUUUGCACAAAGCCAUUUCUGAACAUUCCUCAUGUCUACGCUCGCCCUCUCUUCCGCCUCACUAAUUGUUCUGCCAACUGCCGUUAAGUUAGUAUCAUCAGCAAACAUUCUUGGAGUUGUGCGUUCUAGGCAGCUUGGCAAAUCAUUUAUAUACAUAAUAAAUAAGAGAGGGCCGAGUAUACUUCCCUGAGGAAUGCCACAAAUGAUUUCUUUCUCCACAGAGAGUAUACUGGCCAAUUGACAACUUUGAGUUCGGUGCGUCAAAUAGCAACGUAAAAGAUUUAAUGCUUUCGUUUGGAAACCAUACAUUUCAAACUUACUUAACAGUAUUUCGUGGUCGACUGUAUCGAAUGCUUUUUUUAGGUCAAAAAAAACAACUAAGUUAUACAGCCCACGGUCCAUGUUGGUAUACCAUUCGUUCGUACAAUCCAAUAAUGUAGUAGUUGUGGAAUGAUAAGGUCUGAAACCAAAUUGGUGUUUUGAGAAAAGAUUAUUCUGGUUAAGAUACUCAUACAUUUGAUCAUACAUAAUUCUUUCCAUAAGUUUACUUACUACAGGAAGGAUUGAUAUCGGUCUAUAGUUGUCCAACAUGGACCGCUGACCUUUCUUAAACAAUGGAAUAACCCUUGCAGCUUUCCAAUCAGAAGGAAAUUGAUCCGAGUCAAUUGACAUAUUAAAAAUCUCAGUAAGAGAAGGUGCAAUAACUGGAGCUGCUACUUGUAGAAUUUUAGCUGAAAUUUUAUCCAUUCCAGUCGCUUUGGUGGUAGACAAAUUAACUAGAAGAGUGUAAACCAAUGUUACACUCACUGGUCGAAAUGAGAAACUGUUCUUUGUCUUAGAUUUUUGUUGAGUAAUAAAAUCUCGAAAACUAACGUCAUUCAUGUCAUUUGGAAUAGACUCAGCAAGCUUUGGGCCAAUAUUACUAAAAUGAUCAUUAAAAAUGUCGACUAAUUCGUCGGUCGAUGUAACAGUUUUACCUGGAAGUUUAAUUUCAUUAAUCGUAGUCUGUUUUCUGUUUCGACCUAAUAUAUCGUUUAUUGUUCUCGAAGCAUAUUUAGGAUUCUGUUUAUUAUUUGUGAAUUUGUUUGCAUAAUAAUCUCUUUUAGCACUGCGCAAAGCAGUGUUGGCAACAUUUCUAGAUGACUUAUAUAGUCUCCAGUCUUCUUCUUUAUUUGUCUUUAUUGCUUUACGCUUAAGAGCAUCUCUUUUAAAUAAUUUUUCCUUUACUUCCCGGCUUACCCAAGGAAUAUUGCCCCCUUUUCUUAAUCUUUUCACUCUCACAGGGGCAUGUUUAUCCAGCACAUCUACAAAAAAUGUUUUCCAUAACCGCCACAUUUCAUCUACAUUUCUUUUAAAUCUUAUUUCUUCCCAGGGUAUAUUUUGUAAGUCAUAUAGAAAGCCUGAAACAUUGAAAUUCUUAAAAUUUCUAUACUCGACAGAACCUUGUAAAUCAGUUUUUAUUCUUGUAUUUAUUUUCCGAAUACUAUAAAUGAGGCUGUGAUCACUAAUUCCGAGAUGGACUACACCUGAAAAAAUUAUUUUUUCAGGCAUUGACGCAAUUACUACAUCCAAUAAUGAUUGGCUAGACUGGGUAAUACGCGUAGGGUUAUUAAUUAAUUGUGUAAGCUGAUAUAAUUCCAAAACGUCUUGAAGCUUUCUAGUGGUGGACAAAGUUGGUUCUAGCAUAUUACAAUUCAAAUCUCCCAAAAUAUAAAAUUCUAUAUUUUCAUCAUCUUAGCCAAUCUUAGCCAGUAUUCCUGGCUUCCGGCAACAGAUUAUCCCAGAGCCUCGCGCGUUCCUUCCUGAGGAUCGCAGACUCGGGGAACGAGAUUGCCCUGGCGUUUGAUUUGAAACGCAGCCUCGUACCCAGGCUCUUUAGUAAUUAAUAGCGUUCAGAGCUCUGGGUGAGUCUGGUUGAUUUGAAACGCAGAAGGCAGGACCACCCAAAACGCCUUGCUUGCCAGCUAUGUGGAAAAUGCGCGUUGCGGAUAGAAAGGAAAAUACGGAUUGUGCAGGAUAGAUGGAGCAAAAUAUGAUGAUAGGAUUAGAUCAAGUGAUCUUUUGGAAGGUUUAGGAUGGGAUAAUCUACAUGUUAGGCGGGCUAAGUUGAAGAGUAUCCUAAUGUAUAAAAUCCUUAAUGAAAAUUGUUCGCCAUGUUUAAGAGAAAGCCUUGUAAGACUUAGUAAUUUACGAAAUCAGGAAACGGAUCUAGCACUUCCAAAACCAAAAACUAAUUUUUUGAAGAGAAGCUUUAAAUAUGGCGCAUCAAUGCUGUGGAAUAAUCUUCCAUUAGAUGCAAAAAGAGCGACUUCGCUCAGACAAUUUAAGCGUAGUAUUGCGGAACUGUCCUUUUAGAACUAUGUUGACUUAAUCAUAGUUAACUCUCUUUAUUUACUUUACUUGACUUGGGGGGUUCAUAUAAUAUUCCAUAUAUUCUACUGUUUUAUAUAUCACGCCCCUCCUGUAAAUCAGCUUUUAGUUGUGCGAGGCUAGCGUGUUUUGAUUUUAAAUAUAAUUGAUUGAUGAUUGAUGAUGAGAUUCUUAUUUUUCUCCCAAUUGAAAUUAUUGCGUUUUUAAUUAAAGUGUUAAAAAUUGUAAUUCAAGCCUUCAUUGACAUAUUUUCUACGUAGUGAUAGACAUACAGCUAUUUCGAGCAAAGCGGAAAAGUCGAAUACAAGCGCGAAAAGCUGCUGGGAAUCGCUAACAAAAUCAUUAAUUUUCAAAGAGAUUCCCAGCAGCCUUUCGCGCUCGUAUUCGACUUUUCCGCUUUGCUCGUGGACAACCUUAAUUGAAAUAGCUGUAUGCAUGCCAAAACAUUGUUAAAUAAUCAUAAUUAUCAUUCACUUUAUAGUAUUCUCAAUUUUGAUUGGUUAAUUUACCUGCAAAUAACUGCGUGCAAAUAAUAGUCUGAGCAUGCGCAUUUGUUAAAAACGUUGCUCAGCUACAAAUAAUAGUCUGAGCAUGCGCAUUGCCUUCAAUUUUUGUAAGCAAUGGCGGCUCGCUUUGCUGAACUUUCGGAAAAUGAGUUGUCUUGCUUACUUGAAGAAAAAAACGCGGAAAAUUAAAAAAGCGACUAAAACCGCAGUCAAUGUCUUUCGCCAGCAUUUAGAAGCAAGAUAAAUCAACGAAGACAAUCUAGUUGGCUCAAAAGUAACUCUUGCCAGUGUCCUUCGCAACUUUUUAUGCAGAAGCAAGAAAGAGAGACGGCGAACUUAUAUAGUAAACGAAAGAUAAAAUUGAGCUUUAUAAAUAAUUGAUCUGCUCGCCACCGACAAAUCACGAUGUUUUGCUCAACCUCGUCCAAUAAUUGAUAAAUAUCUGCAAAACGAAUAUCACAGUCGAUGUUCUAUUUACAAUGCACAUAUGAAAGAGUGAUUUAAAUUUUGUUUAUGAGAUAAAUGUUAAAACAGUCUAAAUAUUCUUUCUUGCAGCUUAUGGGGAGCGUUACGAUAUAAAGCACCACUUCCAUGGGACACAGAUUUGGAUUUGGGAGUUUUACGCGGCGAUUUAGAACAUUUACCUCGGGGUAAAUUAAAACUGAUUCUAGCCAGUAAGGGGAUGCAUAUACAUUACUCAUCAUGGGGUGGGUUUUAUCGCGUUACAUCCGGCAAUGCUCGUGCAGAUCUUAUGAUUUUUGACACCUUCGCUAACAAUGGUUACAUGGAAAGAGUUGGGUGGGAGGCGUAUCUAUUCUUCAUUAAUUACAAGAAGAUGCAUGCGUUCCCGGCAGAACUUAUUCGGAAACCUCUGCCCGCCAUGAAGUUUGCGAAUAUUCCUGGAAUGCCUGUGCCUCAUCGUGGCUUAGAAAUGCAGAAAUUCCAUUAUCCGUAUGAUUGGUGGAAGGAGAGUAAACCUAUUGGCUGUUGAUCUCUUAUAUUGCAUGAGUGGAGUUUUGCGUGAUAUGAUCAUAGAUAUCUUAUAUACACUAUAUAGCGCAUCUCUUUUAGUAAAAUUGAAGCCAAGAAUAUUCCAGCGGUUACCCCCAUUUGAACAGAUGGCGGCCAUGUUGGAGUUUCCCACUCGCUAAUAAACGCUUAAAAAACAACAAUAACUUUCAUCAUUUGAAUAGUUUGAAAAUAUAUUUGGAAUAGGUUUAACUUAAUGUUUAAGUUCCCUGUUUAAGAAAUAGAAAACAUACGAGUCUUCUCAUUUCAUGGGAAUAUCUUGAGUCUGCAAUCACGGCUUCAAUUUUUGAAUUUCAGAAUAAUUAGAUGCACUAUCUAGUGUAUAUAAGAUAUCUAUGGAUGUGAUAUAUCACGGGAGUGUUUCUCAUAUGGAAGGUUUAUAGAGUACUAUGAAUUGAAAUCUAAACUUCCCUAAAGGCCCAUAUUUCCACUCAAGAAACUUUUCCGCGGAAAGAAAAAUAUGUUUAAUGUGAUUUUCACAAAUUUUCCGACACAAAUUUUGCGUUGGAAAUACAAUGAUAUUUUCGGAAAAUUUUCUGUUCGUGGAAAAUUUUGUUGAGUGGAAAUGGGCCGUCAAGGGUAGGUUGUAGAAAGACAGAAUUGUUCAGGAUAUAUUGAUCAUAAAAUUAUUGAAUUAAUGUGAAUUUCACGAUUAGCUAUAAAAUACAAAAGCUACUUUAUACUUCAAACAUUGCGAAGAGACUAAAAUUAGGCUUCUAUUAAUCAAUCAAUUAAACUUAAAUGUUAUUUUUUAAUUAAACAAGUGUCAAUGGACUUUUGUAAGAAGAAUCUUUAAUAUAUAUACUGUGGUCGUUUUUAGCUUGUCGAAUGUAGUAGCAUGGUUGGUAGACUUGGGUUAAACUGUAGCUUCGGAGAACUUUGACUGUUCGACAAUUGUAUUGUAAAUACAGUAAAUGUAAGGCCAGUAGCGAUUGACACACACAUGCAGGUAAAAAUCUCACAACUUGUCAAUAAGAUGUGUUCGCAACAGGCUUGUAGCAAGCUUGUCAGCAACUUGUUACAAUGUUGUUACUUUGUCAAAUUCAGUGUUACAAGAUUGUCGCUCACAACUUGUUAAAAACAAAUUGUUGAAUUGCAAGACGAUAACAAGUUGUUGAACUUCGUGGAACAACUUGUAACAAGUCUAUCGAGUCAACCUUGUAGCAAGGUGUCAACAAGUCGUUGCAGGUUUGUUACAAGUUGUGCAUUUUUAUCUUUAAAUUACUCUGUUAGGCAUUCGAAUAAAUUCCGUUCGGUAAGAAAAUUGCACAGAAUUAAAUCCUGAAUUAUAUUCAGAAUGUUAGUGGUCGUAGAUUAUAAAUUUCAAAAAUUCCUCUGCAUGAUCUAUCCAUGUCGUGAGAGGCUAAGGGCUAACUUCACAGAGCAGUGUCUUUGGAGGGUAGCAGUCCAGGUCAUUUUGAUUUAGUGCAGUUUCACACAUUAAGACACUAUGCUACUGCUGUCAAGAUUAUCAGAGAGCACCAUGUCCCAUCGACACUUCUCAAUUAUUCAUGGGGCAAUUUCUUUGAACGGCUAGAGGUCCAGGUCAUAUUGAGUUCAGUGCACUCAACACUUUACCAAUCUACUGUAGUAUACGUCACCUACUUGUGUUGUCAAGGUGAUCUGAGCUAACAGGGGAUAACGGCGAACGUGGAGAUAACGAAUCAGGUGAAUGUGUGUGUGUACUUGAGGUAGGACUAAGGAGAUCCCUUCGUGUACCUGAAUGUUCGUAUGAUCCUGCUUUUCUUGCUGGGCGAAGAUCGACAGCUAGUCCAGGGAUAGGUCUGUUUAGUUUUAUAGGUGGAUGUUUAGUACGCUGCGCUGUAUCGAUGGAUGGCUUUAACUCUUGCCUAAAGUUCAAGAAAAAAAUUAUAUUUAUUACUCAUUACGAUUACAUUGAA